AUGUCAAUUGAAUUUAAUUCAAGUUUUAUUGAAUCUGUAUCUAUUGUGAGCACUCUGCAUUAUGGUCCAUUUGCAAAAUUCUGGUGGGAAAGCAAAUUAGACCCAAAUACAAAUAUAAAGAAAUUUUAUCCUAUUAGAUUGCAUUUAAAAAUGCUUCAUUGUUCCAAAGACCUGAGUUUUUGUACACUAGUUAAUCAAGGGAAAAAUAAUAAACCUGAGUAUAGUUGUUAUUGGGGAGAAAUUAAUGAAACUGGCAAUGGAAUGUCAACAGUAGUUAAUAAUCCUUAUAAAAAAUAUCUGGAACAUACUCACAGCUUUGUAUAUAGAAAAUUGAAUGGAUCUGAUUUCUUUGGAAUGGGUAAUGAAUUACAAUUAAAAAAAAUAUCUGCAGAUAUUACAUUUUUUCCAUUUAUUAUCAAUGAAUGCAAGUUUAAAAUGUUUGUUGUAGAUGCUUCAUAUGAUAAAUCAGAGCCCUCAGAUGGUUAUCACAUUACAUUCAUAGAAAGGUCUAAACAUGAAUAUGUUUUAUUUUCUCAAACUUAUAAUAAGAAUAAAUUUUUUUUGAAUAUAUAUUCAUUAAAUAGUGGAAAAAUACUUCAAGCUUUUCAAAAUUUAGAUGUAAAUGAAUUAUGGAAAUCAACUGGAUUAUUCAGAGACUAUUCUGGUAAACAAUUGUUUCUAUUAGAUAACACAGAAUUAAAGCAAAUCAUUGAUAAUUUGAUUAAUUUUCAGACCAAUUGUCAUGAAUGGAAUCAAAAUAUUUUUGAUAAACUUCAUAUACCAUAUAUGAUACACAUCAAUAGCAAAGAUCUAACAACAUCAGUUUUAAAAUAUUUGCAUGAUAAAAAAUCAACUCUUUUUGAAUUUUAUAAUUUAUUAUACAAAUUCAAAAUUAUUGAAAAAAACUCAGAAAAAGAUGGAACAGUUAUAAGAAAAAUCAGAGCUUGUAAACAAUUAUUGAAUGCAUCUGGUUGUAAACAAAUAAAAAUUUACAAAAAUAAUGAAUAUUGGACAAAAGCUGAAGAUACUGCAACAGAUUUAGAAACAUUGGAUCUUUUUACUGAGACAGACCUAAAUUUACAACCAGAGUUGGAUUCUGAUUCAGAUGUAAAAAUCUUUUGGAAAUGUUUUGAAGAUGCAAUGAGUUCAAAUAUAAAAGGCCAUAGCAUUUCUAGUGGAGAAGAUAUUGUAAUUUCUAAUGAAUCUCUUGCAGGUACUUCAUUUGGCAAGUUAACUCCAAAUCAUAAAAUUGAAAACUUCAUCCUUAAAGAUAAGAAUUUGGAUUCAUCUGGAAAUAAAUUAGUUAUCAAAGAAAGGUUAGACCAACAUAGCAGUUAUGAUUUAUUAUAUAAUUCAAUGCUACUGGAUGAUAAUGAUAUUAGUGAUAUUAAUAUGAAAAAUUUAUUAAAACCUGGAUUUGCUUUGAAAAGCAAACAAAUAUUUGGAAAAAAGGUGGUGGCAAAAGAAUUAAUUUAG